UUAGAGUACAGCAAGAUGAGUAAAUUCCUUGUUGCAGCUAUCCUCCUAUGUCUUGUCAACCAUGGAGUCGACUUGGCCAUAGCGUGGGAAGAUAAAGAUUUCUUCAGACACUGUCCACCGUCCAGGUGCAGCAAAGAUGGCCCGGAGAUCAGGUUUCCUUUCCGACUUGAAUCCAGCAAUACAUCAUCAUCUUGCGGCAGAUCAUGCAUAAUAUUAGCAUGCUCUGGCCAGGACACCAUCCUGGAUCACCCACUCCUUGGCCUAUGGAAAGCGACUGCCAUAGAUUACACUUAUACUGUCAUAAAGAUCAUCCCGCUCGUAGACUCCUUGUCUUCCAGUCCAAUCCAGAAGCUCAUCUCCAAAAGCAUAUCACCUGAUGAUGCCUUGGCAGGGUACCUGCAGAGAGAUUGUAUUCGAUUCCGUUUUGCAACCCUAGUAUGCUGCUCAAAAGAGUUCACGCCAAGCAUUCAUUAUGUUGACACCGUUGCUGGCCCAGUUCCCUGCCUUAGCAACGCAAUCCACUUCUCGUAUUUGGUGUAUGCUUUUGAAAGCAUUUCCAUUCUUCCAUCAGACUGCAAGGUGUGUUUGGAUGGCGUCAUCCCGAUUCCUUAUGACAGAACAUCUUCCUUCAAGACAGACGCAGAAAGAAUCCUCAGUUUUGAGGUCGCGCUGGAAUGGAAAGAUCCGGGGAUGGACAACGACAUGGUAUAUUGCGAACUAUGUGAGCUUCAAAGGCAACACUGUGCAUUCAGCACACAAAGGAAUGAAACAUUCUGCAUGCCUCAUGGUUCACAUAUCAGAGUUAUCGCAGCAACAUCAUCGGUGGCCACAUUUGUUGUUCUUUUGUUGGUGGUGGCCACUACACUUUACCUUUCACUGAAGACAAGAUAUAAUGAAGAGAUACAUUUGAAGGUUGAAAUGUUUCUCAGGACAUAUGGCACAUCAAAACCCACGAGGUACACUUUCUCUGAAGUUAAGAAGAUGGCAAAACGGUUUAAGGAGAAAAUAGGGCAAGGAGGAUUUGGGAGUGUAUACAAAGGCGAACUCCCAAAUGGAGUUCCCGUGGCUGUCAAGAUGCUAGAGAACUCUACAGCAGAGGGAGGAGAAUUCAUUAACGAAGUCGCAACCAUUGGGAGAAUCCACCAUGCAAACAUUGUCCAGCUCCUGGGCUUUUGCUCAGAAGGAACUAGGCGAUCACUUAUUUAUGAAUUCAUGCCUAACGAAUCAUUGGAGAGAUAUAUAUUCUCGACUGGUUCUAAUAUUAAUCGUCAGCUCCUAGUUCCCGAUAAAAUACUAGAUGUUUCUCUAGGCAUUGCCCGAGGAAUGGAAUACCUGCAUCAAGGGUGCAACCAGCGAAUCCUCCACUUUGACAUCAAGCCUCACAACAUCUUGCUGGACUACAACUUCAAUCCGAAGAUUUCAGACUUUGGCCUUGCAAAGCUGUGUGCAAGGGACCAAAGCAUUGUUACCUUGACAUCAGCCAGAGGCACAAUGGGCUACAUUGCACCAGAGCUAUACUCUCGGAACUUUGGGGGGGUAUCCUACAAGUCGGAUGUGUACAGUUUUGGCAUGCUGGUGCUGGAAAUGGUGAGCGGAAGAAGGAACUCGGACCCAGGUGUUGAGAGCCAGAAUGAGGUCUACCUCCCAGAGUGGAUCUACGAGAGAGUAAUAACUGGCCAGUACUUGGCACCUCAAAGGGAAAUGGCGCAAGGUGAGGACGAAACAGUGAGAAAGCUGGCAAUUGUGGCACUUUGGUGCAUCCAGUGGAGCCCAAGAAACAGGCCCUCGAUGACGAAGGUGGUGAACAUGUUGACAGGGAACUUGCAGAACCUACAGAUGCCCCCCAAGCCGUUUGUUUCAUCUGCAAGCAGUCUGAUGCAGUAGACCAAGACGAUGUGCCGCCGUGAUGUAAAGCCUAGUGAUGCCUAGAGUGUACUGUAUUUUAUCUUCAAAUUGCAUUGUAAUACUGUAUUGUAAGGUUCUGGAGUUGCAGCAUCAUGCUGGAUUUGAGGAACAUAUGGUGAGCUGAUGACAAUAAGAUAAGCCAUUGCAGUGAUUCAGUCA